CAGAUUAUUUGAUCGAUAUUUUUUUCUCAUUUUCUCAUAAAUAUAUUUUCUUAUAUUACCUCCUAGUAAGAAGUAAUAUGUGCUAGUGCUAUAUAUGAAGCGCACCACAGAUUGUGCGGUGGCGGCCAGAGCAAAGGCGAUCACGGCAAUGUCGUCGAGCCCAUCGCUGAUCUGCUGCUCCAUGUCGCUCGGCCUGCUCUCUCUGCUGCUGCUUCUCUUCUCGGCCUGUUACACCGCCCCCACCUACGCCACGGACUGCGACCCCGCGGACCGCGCCGCGCUGCUGCGGGUGAAGGCGCAGCUCGGCGACCCGGCGCAGCUCUCCUCAUGGCUGCCGUCCACUAACUGCUGCGCGUGGGACCCGGCAGUGUUCUGCAACGCGGCGGGCCGUGUGACGGGGCUGGCCCUCUACGCCCUGCCCGACGUCUCGGCGCGAGUCCCGCCGGCGCUCGGCGACCUCGCGGCACUCGAGAUCCUCCAGGUGGACUCUGUGCCGGGCCUGGCGGGCCCCGUCCCGGCCUCCUUCGCCAACCUCACGCGCCUCCUCGACCUCGACAUCAACGGCACCUCCAUCUCCGGGCCCAUCCCGGGCUGCCUCCUCGCCGCUGCCGUCAACCUGAGGACGCUCGUCAUCGCCAACAGCAAGCUGGCCGGGCCCAUCCCGUCGUCCCUGGCCGCACUCCCCGGCCUCCGGUACCUGGACCUCAGCGGCAACAUGCUGAGCGGCGCCAUCCCGCCGGAGCUGCUGCACGGGAGCUCCAGGUUCCUGAUCCUGUCCAACAACCGGCUCACGGGGGAGAUACCCGGAGAGUACGGUGACGGCGACGUCGACACCAUCGACCUCUCGCACAACCAGCUCACCGGUGACCCCUCGUCGUUCCUGUUCGGCAUCACGAAGCCGGCGGUCAAGAUCGACCUGUCGUGGAACCAGCUCGAGUUCGACCUGACGGAGGUCAGGUUCCCGCACCACCUCAGGUUCCUGGACCUGAGCCACAACAGGGUCAGGGGCAGAGUGGCCAAGUCGCUGAUGGACGUGAGGCUGGAUCACUUCGACGUCAGCUAUAACGAGCUCUGCGGCGAGCUCCCGGCGGGAAGGUUCAUGUCCAUGCACGAGGCAGAGUGCUACGCGCACAACAAGUGCCUGUGCGGCACGCCGCUCCCUCCGUGCAACUGAAUCACUGCACUGGUUCAGGCUGUGCAAUGAUCACUGGUUUAAUCUUGUGCGAACAAGUUGUUAGUUGUACCAGAACAGCGAAUCAGUUGGUCGGGUAUCCACGCUCAAUGUUGGCUUUGGUAUCGGAUAAUCUCUCUUGAUCUGCACUUGUUUCAAUUAGAUUAGCUAUAACAUACGUGCAGGGACGUAAACGGUCGAGAAAAC